AUGUCUGAGAUGAAAGUCCUCGUCCUGGCCCUAGCAGACGCCCUCGCGAUCCUCGCCAUCUCCCCCGUCUAUCACAUGCGCGAAGUCGCCAAAAACACCCACCAAGACCUCUGGAUAUCCGCCAUAAACGACAACCUCCCCACCUCCAACCCUCGCAAUCCCUGGUCCACUCCCCAAUGGCACGCCCUCCUCUCCUCCUACUCCGCCGUCUCCGACUUUCCCCCCUCUCUCUUCCCAAUCCCCCUCGCAGAAGCAUACCCUUCAACCCCCAUAAUCCACACAACCCGCCCCUUCGAACCCUGGGCUUCCUCGAUGCGCGAUACCUUGAUCCACGCACACUCCAACCGGGACAAGCACCGAAAGUCGCCGAUGGAGGGGUUAGUGGACGCGUAUCACUCUGUCUGCUGGGACAACGACUUUGAAAAGAAUGGGGAGACGUACUUUGAGAAACACCACGAGGAAGUGAGGGCUUUGAAGACAGAUGGGCGGAAGUUUCUCGAGUUCAGACCUGGAGACGGGUGGGAGUCUCUUUGUGCGUUUUUGGGGGUUGAGAUGCCGGAUAUGCCAUUUCCGAGGAGUAAUGAUUGGGUUGAGUAUAAGAAUGAGGUUGAGAGGGAGAGGAGGGAAUAUGGUGCUGUCGAAAAGUAG